AUGGCAGUCAACAUCCCUGGAGUGAUAGCAAUGGUGUUCUUCUACCUUCUGGUUCUUGGAACUGGCAUUUGGGCUUCUUUCAAGUCCAAAAGAGAGCAGAAGAAAACUUCUGCCACAGGAAUGGACAUGGCACUGCUGGGAAACCGGAGGAUUAAUUUGGUAGUGGGAAUUUUCACAAUGACAGGUAUGAGAGCUCAGCUGACAAUACCAGGAUAAAUCUGUGUGGAAGUGAUGAUCAGAACUGUUUUUUUUUUUUUUUUUUCUGAGAAUACCCCUAAAUGAAGAAGAUAUUUUUGAUUAUUGACACAUCUGUGAAUAUCGAAAUAAAUACCUGUGAACAAAUUGGCCACUGAGCAUUAGACUGUAAGCAACAAGCAAGAUCCUCCCUGUAACAGCGACAUGAAACAUGCAAAAACAUGACCACUACUCUCUUAAGUUUUUGCUUGGCUUACCAGAAUUUCAACAAGCUGUUGCUCAGUUAAUGUCAUACUGAAAACACAUUUGGUCACUUGACCCAAAAAAGUGUCCAAUGUGCAUAGCUCAUCAACAGGGGUGCCUCAGGGGUCAGUGCUUGGUCCCCUUCUUUUCUUAAAAUACACCACCUCACUCGGUGCAAUCACCCACUCCCACUGCUUUUCUUAUCGCUGUUAUGCAGGUGAUAAACAGAUGAGUCCUGUAGUAUAACGUGUAUGGCAGCAGUAUUUGAAUAACAUUAACAGCUCAAAUUUAGGACCCUAAAUAUUCACUGAACUGCUGUAAAAUGUAUUUGAUGCCUCCCUUGACUUAUGAACUGCAAAAGCCCCAGCAAAUACAAGUGUUUUAGAAGGGAUCCUGCAUUACAUGUUGUACUUAGUGGAUAAACAAUGUGGUAUUUUUGAUGUAUGCCUGAAAAAGCUAAAAAUAUUGAUGCAUUUUGGGAAUUAAAAAAACAAAUUCACCUGUUCAUAACCUUGUUACUGAGAUUUAAGAUAGUUGCUGCAAGUAUAACAUUUGCAGUGUCAAAGAGGACAAUAAUUCCAACUUUAUAUGUGUGGGGUUAAAAUAACCUAGGGUUAACAUUGUUUUCUGGCUGAACCUUUCAGAAGGAAAUAGCCCUUUGCACUACAGCAUUAAAAUGUAAACGUAAUUACAGCUGUGGUAGUUAUAGUAAUAACAGUAAUUACAUCAGGUUAACUCCCUUAUUGACAUUAAACAACCGCUCAGAAGAGAAAGACCAACAUUGUACUGAACUCAAACAAUGGCAAACACAACAAUAUCUUCCCUCUAUUUUCUUGAUAGAGUUCACCAUGCAAACAGUUCAAUGAUAGCUCCCACUUAUUCUCACAGCUUACAUCUUAUUGAAAAAUGAACAAAUAAUUCAACUUUUAAGACUUGCCUUUGAAUUUCUUAGUGAUCUGGACUUAUCACAUAGUUCAGACAAAAAAAAGGAGAAACUGCAAAAGAAGAUCAUACAGAGGGAGAUGAAGAGAUUGGACCAUCUGGCCUGUCAGGCGUCUUCUGAUUUGGCAAUAAAUGAACUACAGAGAAGCAAAUAUGGACCAAAUGACUUCAUGAACACAAAAAAAUAAAUAAAUUAAAAAAAAAGAAAAAAAAAAAGGCACACUCUCCUCAAACUACAGGAGCAACACUUUGAAUUUGGAAAUAAGUGACACAACUGUUUUAGCUUGAAUCUCCAACUGCCUUGCUGAUAUUUUUAUAUGGAUGAGGGAACUACACCUUAAACUCAACAUGUCCAAAACUUGGCUUAUUGUCAUCCCAGCCAGUCCCACUGUAGGGCCACAGAUCAAUAUCCAGUUUGGCUCUCAUAAACUCAUAAUGACCAAGUCUGUAUAAAAUUGGGCUGUCAUGAUUGAUGACCAGCUAACCUUCAAUGCUCAGUCCAGCUGGUCUGCCAACACUUGCUUACAGUUGCAGCUUGCUUCAGAUUUAAAACUCAUAAUUUCUCACAAAGCAGUAACCAAAACUGCUCCUGUUUACUUGAAACCCCUUAUCCAGGUCUACACCCCCUCUUGCCGGCUUCACUUAACCACAGAAAGGCACCUAGUGCUUCCAGCACAUCAAGCACAUUACGAAACUCCAUUUGAUAAAGGUGUCUGCUCAAUGACAUUGUAACAUUGUAAGAGACAGAGAAAGAAAGACUCUGAGAUGAAACAAAGUGGUCCUGGAGUGAGUGGAAAGUGUGCAGUGUAAGUGGAAUGCCAAAGAAAAAACAUUUUAGAUGCUAAAUAUAUUUGCCAAAUAUGCUUUAACAUAUGAGAGAAAAUCAGUGAGAUCCAUCAUAUUUUAGACAUUUGUAAGCAGAUUUGAAGGUAUUGUGGCAGGAGGUAAAACUAUAUCACUUCUGUACCAAAGCUGCAACAACUUAUCUUAAAGGAAGUCUAUUGGUAAUAUUGAUGAAUGCACAUACUUAUAGUAGUCAGGCUGACAGUGUGUCUGCAAAGGCUUCACAGUGACCCUAAAUUAGGAACAGCAGAAAAGAUUUGCUGAUAAUUCUGAUACAUUUGGAAGUCAAACUGUAUAGGUGCAUGAAGUAGAGCUAAAUAAAGCACUAGCACUGGGGAGAUGAGUCAGGCAGAAAAUAAGUGAUAUUAAUUUGGAGCAAAACACUCCUCUUGUCAUACUAUGGUUGCCCCCCCUAAACAAUAGGAAUAUCGCUAGUUUGUUUUCUGAGAUAUGCAUGACAUCAUUAGUCACUAUUUGAUUUAAUAGUCAGUUGAUGAAUAAUUAAGUAUUACCCCAAAUGGCUGCUCAUAAUACUAAUUAAGUGGAAAUGCUGACAUUGUCACACUCUGACAAUGUGUGUGCGUUAGUCUCUCUCUCUGUCUAUGACACCUACAUGCACACACUUUGACCAUGUAUCUGCUUCACCACUUAUCCUCUUCCACAAACUUUGAGCUACAGAAACCAUUCAGAGCUCCAAAAAUUCAGCUCAUUGAGGACAUUAUAGGGUGUACUCAGGAUUUUUAUUCAUUUAAAAUUUCCCCACUUUAAAAUUAAUCCCGUUAUUAAUACAUUAUUCAAUUCUUCAGACAUAUUUAAACUCAUUCAAACCGAUUCUAACCGAAUACUUCAAACUUGUCUAGUACUUGAGGAGUUUUAAUUAUUCAAAAUUUUCCCAUUUUAAAAUCAUUUUACAUUUUUUAAUUCUUCAAACAAAUUCCCAGUUUUACCACUGCAAUUACUACUAAUAUCACUUUAACUUGUAUCUUUACUUCUACCUCCACUACUCUGGCUUCUCUAAAUAUUUUUUUACUGCGUCUCUAACUUUUACUGCCACUAUUACUUCUACCACGAGCUUUACUACUUUGACUUCUACUUCUUCUAUUCCAAAACUACUUCUACUUCUUACAUAACUACUAAUAUCACUACUACAACUACGUAUUAUCAUACUACUUCUAGUACUACAACUUAAACUUAUGCCACUUCUCACUUUUCUGUGUUUUAAGGUCAUUUUCGUCCUUAUCCAAUUUUUAUGCAAUUUCAGACAGUGUUUCUAGCCUUAUUCAGCAUGAAUGCAAUUUUAAUUUAUGAAGCACAUUCAUACUAUUUGUACUUCAACAAUUUUCACUGUCAUCCAACUUCUGCUUCUUCUUCUUCAGCCCUUUAACCAAUUUUACAUUUAAACCUACCUCCAUUUUUUAAGCAGUUUUGCAUUGCUUUUUCAGCUUUCAGCACUCAGCAUUUCAACGCAUUUUCUGCAAGGAAAUGCAAUUUUUUAGUAUACAUUUGUGAUUGUGUUUUUUAUCCAUCCUAUAGCUACAUGGGUUGGAGGAGGCUUCAUUGUUGGCACUUCUGAGAUGGUCUACACACCUUCUAUGGGUCUAACCUUGGCCCUUGUAAUGUUGGUUGCAUCCAUCCCAUCAUUUAUGAUUGGUAAGAGAUAAAUACAUGCAGCUGGGCACUGUUGUGUGAUUGCUGAUGUAACACAAUAAAGCAAGAUCAUACAGCAUUUGAAAACAAAGGAUUGAUUUACCCUAUACCUACAAAGGCUAUAAUUGGCAAUUUGGAGAUAUUUUGUAAUUAUGGAUAUAAAAUGGUCAGAAAUUGCCUGAAGUCUGAGAGCUUUGGUCUCUUCUCCUAGGAGUACUUGAACUUCUCUUUCCAACAUCUGGUUAAUGAUUAUCGCACAUUAUUUGAAAUUGUUUAAAAGAAGAAUAUUCAAAAACGGGUUUGUUUUUUCAUGGCUUUUAUGAGAGCAAAUUUGGUAAUUGCUUAUGAAGUUUUUAUUUCACUUUUGAAAAGUCAACUUAUAUAUGCUCAGAAUCAGAAACAGUCCUUUUUUUGAGUCUACGACUGGGUGCGCAAAAAAAUGUGCAAAAGACAACUAUAUACAGUACAUAGGCUGAAAUCAGUGCAAAUAACUGUGCAAAGAUGAAAAAAUGCAUUCUCAACAUUCUCAAGUAACAAAAUAUUUAAUGCACAUAAAUUUUGAUUUGAUACUUGAAUGUGAACUUGUACAUGUGCGCACAAAUAAACAGUGAAGAGGGUUACUAUAUACAUACUCAGAAAAUGUCCAUUCACAACAUUCCCAAGUUCAAUAGGAAAUAUAUAACAACAUAAUCAUUUAAUGUAACUUCAUACAAGCACAGGUUACAGUGUUGAGAAGCUGUGAAGCGCCCUGCUGUAAUUUCCUGUGUUUUGCAAUGAAUGCUCUGUCAUAUGGUUUUGACUACUAAAGUAAACCAUAUAUGUGUGCAUUCCCACAACUCUCAGCUUUCGAACACUAUUUAAAUUUUUCUGAUCAGACAAACUUUGAUGGAGUUACGGUAAUAAAAUUCGGGACAUAGAAAAAACUGUGCAGGCGCAAUGGCCAUUGGUAGAAAGUUUUAAUAUCAGCUGGAAAGUUAAUGAUUCAGGCUAGCCCAUAACUUGAGAAGUGACUGCCCUGGGGAAGAACAGUCUAGAAAAAAAGGGUUGAGAAUGCAAUGAAUGUGAUGAAACUUGUAUGACAGCCAAAGUUAUCCGUCACUCUGACAAGUUUCUUUAGGUGCAUGAUGUCUUUGUAGGUUCUCAUUCAUCAAGGUCAUGUUUAUCCAAUUCUUUGUUGAACGGGUAACUGGACUGCUUUGAGAUUCUUAAAGAUGUUUCACCUUUCUUCCAAAAGGUCCCUUCAGUUCCAAAGUGACUGGGGCCAAAGUUCAAAAUUUAUAGCUCUGUUGGUCGUUCAGCAAUAAAAGGGUUGGUUGGUCACCAAAAAGUUGUUCACAGAUGGGUCACCUGAGAUUCCCUACUUGCCUGGAGGAUCAGAGAAACUCAGAGGGAUCUUCCAGAAACACAACAUCCCAGUACACUUCAAACCAUCAACACACUGCGACAGAGGCUGGGUAACCCUAGGGACAAAACUGCCGGACACAAACAGAGCAAUGCGGUGUACGCCAUGAAAUGCAUUGAAUCAUGCAGGGACUCAUACAUAGGGGUUAUUAAACAGCCAUUACAUAUACACAGCAGAAAUCGGCAGAAAUCGUUUAUAUCCAACGUCUUCUGCGAUAUAAACGAUUUCUACUGACUUUGCAAAGUCAACUGCAGAAUUAACAGCAUUCUGAAUGAACGGCGCUUUGAAAAGUCCCGCAGCAUGUGUUAGACGUCACCAUCUACACAUGACCAAUCAGGGGCUGCCUUUCCCGUUGCCUGGGUAACAGUGGAAACACAGUCUCUGAUUGGCCCGGUUAUUUUCUGAUCAGGAAUACACGCUCCCAAUGGGCCAAAGUCCAGACUGUUGUAGGAAGGAAUGUCAAGUGAUUCAUGCAACAGGAUGGCCCGGCCAGGCUAGCAAAAGACUCUCGGGUUACCCAGUUGUGAAUGACCUCAGGUGACCAACAGAGGUUAAAGUUUCCAACUUUGGCCCUAAUGAAUGGAUGAAUUCACAGAACACCGGAUUCAUCUUUCAUCUUUGUCUCUCUUCUUUUUGUUUACUGACCUCUUUUGACUCAAGUUGGCUUGGUUUUUGCUAAGCCAAUGAGAGACAGACACUGUACGACGAUGCUGGACCCAUUCAAAAUGAAGUAUGGAAAAGUACUAACAGCUGCACUGGGCCUGGUUUCACUCAUCUCUGAUGUUACCUGGGUGCCUACAACACUACUCGGUUUAGGUAUUUUUUUGUUUGUAUUGUACAUUUUCUGAGUCAUGCACUUAGACCUGUGUGAAACUUUUUGAAUACAAUAGUAAAUGCACUCUUAUCUAAUGUGUUUCACAGGAGCAAUCAUGAACGUGGUGUUGGAUUUACCCUUUGCGGUUUGCAUCUGGAUCUCUGCAGCUGUUGCUGUCAUCUACACACUGCUGGGAGGUCUCUACUCUGUGGCAUAUACAGAUAUCAUACAACUUGCCCUCAUUUUCUUUGGUCUGGUUAGUAUGUACUAUUUUUGAUUAUUAAGUGGUGACUUUUUGUUGCAGGCAGAACAUGCAACGCCAACCUCAAAAAGUUAAAAUUAGUUGUUCACACUGUUUCUUUCCCUGGCAGUGGAUCUGUGUUCCCUUUGUUUUGAUGAGCCCUUACACCUUGGACAUAAGCCAGACGAUGAUGAACAACACCCUACAUGCUCCCUGGAUUGGAACACCAGAAUUGAAAAAAACCUGGAAUAUUAUUGAUGAUUUCUUGUUUUUUGUAAGGACAUAAUCUUCCCCAGAUGCACAUCUAUAUAAACCCGAAACAGCAGUAUGCAUGAGUAAACAAUUUCUCACUGUUACUGAAGAUACAACUGUAUCAAACUUAAAAUGAUGUGUCUGUUUAUGUCAAUGAAAGGCUUACUUAAAUGACUUUGGAUAAAAUGUUGGAGGGACCAUUGUUUGUGUCUGAAAGGGUGCUUAAGAACUAUACGCAUACAUAUUUUUUGACAGCAUUUACCCUCUAGGGAUGCUACUCUCAUGAAUACAUUAAACAGCAAACUGUUUUAUUUUGAAGGCACUGGGGGGUCUGGGAUUUCAAUGCUCCCAUCAAAGGACCUUGUCAGCUUCUUCCUUAGCCACAGCCAAGAUCACAUGCAUUGCUGCUGCUUUGGUCUUCCCUUUAUUUGGGAUUCCUUCUAUACUGAUUGGGGCAGCUGCUGCAUCUACAGGUAAAUAUGAUCUGUACUCUCGAUGUGUUCCAAACAUGUACAAACCUCAACAUACAGAAAAAUUGUAAUGUCAGGAUAAAUUAUCUAUACUUGAAUAACAGAACUUUGGAAUACAAGCACUUUGGCCAAUCUUUUUGUUUUAAAUUCCAAAUGUGAAAGAAGCUAGCUCUAAAGAUGUGGAAUAUCACCUCUCUGGCAGGGAAGAAACCUGAGCUAGUGUGCAAGGUGCAGAGGUUCCAGUUAGAUAUAGUCAGACUCACCUCAACACAUAGCAUGGACUGUGGAAUCUUUCAGGCUUUCUUUUCCCCGUGGGACUCCAGAUGCAGCUGACAGGUACUAAUAGGUGAGGCAAAAUAAUGCUGCAGCAAUCGUUAAGGCAAAAACCUGGACUUGGGAAGAGUUGGGUGAGGCUACUGAUGACCUUAGGAAGGCUUGCAGGAGGUUCACUAUCUGGCAUCUCAGGAGGUUGGAACCAGUGCACUGUCAACACUGUGUGUGGUGAAGAUGGUGCACUGCUGACCCUGACUUGGGACAUUAUUGAUUAGUGGAGGGAAUACUUUGAAGACCUCCUCAAUCCCAUUGACAUGCCCUCUGGUGAGGAACCAGGGUCGGGGGGUCUCAGAUGUGGGCUCUUCCAUCUCUGGGGCUAAGGUUGCUGAGGUAGUUAAAAAGCUCCUCAGUGGGUUGGCUCCAGGGCUGGAUGAGAUCCGCCUAAAGUUCCUCAAGGCCCUGGAUGUUGUGGCGCUGUCUUGACUGACUCAACUCUGCAGGACUGUGUGGACAUCAAGACAGGGCAUCUGAAUUGGCAAACCAAGGUGGUGGUCCUCCUUUUUAAGAAGGAGGAUCAGAAGAUGUGUUCCAACUCUCAAACUCCUCAACCUGUCAAGGAAGAUCUACUCUGGGUCCUGGAAAGAGGACAGUCAAACCUCAGAUCCAGUAGGAGCGAUUUGGUUUUUGUCUUCCUCGGAAUUGUGGCCCAGCAUUGCAUCAUCUGCUGGAUCCUUGAGGAUUCAUGGGAGUUUGCCUCAUCAGUCCACAUAUGCUUUGUUGGAGUAGAAGGCAUUCGACCAUGUCCCUCAGGGAAUCCUACGGGGUAAUCCCCCAUGAGUACGGGGUGAUAGACACCCUGAUUAAACAGUUUGUUCCCUGUGCCAGACCAGGGCCAGAACUUGGUUUGCAUAGCCAGUAGUAAGGAGUGUCUAAGUGUGGUAUUUUGUAUAUAUUCAACUCAUAAACCAAAGUCUCUGAAACAAAACUCAUUAGCUUCAUAUUUAUUCAAAUCUUUGACUUCAAAGACACGAAAUUACGACUGUUGAUUUGGUGCUUUAUGAAAAAAAAAAGAUCGAAUUAUCACUUUUCAUAUAGUUCCAAGAAAUCCACAGCCUGAGAUGUGUUUUAUAGCUUCUUAUUUGUAAAAUUUCCAUUGGAGUCUACAGGGUUUCCUAAUUUUUUAUCACUCUGCAUUUGUGGUUUUCUCUGCAAUAUCUUGAAACAAAAAUUGUGACAGUAUUCAGAGUCUUCCCUCUCCUUCCUUCUGCAUGUCUCAGACUGGAACUUGACUACCUAUGGUUCUCCAACUCCAUAUGAACGUGGGGAGGCAGCUCUUGUUCUUCCCUUCGUCCUGCAGCAUCUCACCCCAGUUUAUAUCUCCAUUGUGGGUAUCGGAUGUGUAGCUGCUGCCGUGAUGUCGUCUGCUGACUCUGCUUUGCUCUCUGCAGCAUCUAUCUUCAGUGUCAACAUUUACCAGAACAUCAUCAGGCCUCAGGUAGAAAUUAAGUGAAAUUUCAAGUUUUGAAAAUAGUUUUGUGUUUGAAACCAAGGGGGGCUGAAGUACUCCACAAGGUACUUCAGUUGCAAUCCGUCAUAUAAUUGUGAAAACUGGGAUUGACGGAGUAUCUUGUUGAUGGCAGGGAAGUGUUUUGUCUUAGAUGAUGAGUUAUCUUGACGAGUAAAAAGUAAAAAGUGAGUUACUAAAUUUGGAUGUGGAAAGAUAUGUUGAAAAGCAUCGAAAAUGUUUGCACUUCACCUGUUCCUUUCUCUCUUUGUGUUCUCCAGGCCCCAGAUGGAGAAAUUCAGUGGGUCAUCCGUGCUGCAGUGGUAGUCAUAGGAAUAGUUGGUACAUCACUCACCAGCCUCAAAAACAGUGUCAUUCUGUUCUGGUUCCUUAGUGGUGAAUCAGCCUACAUUGUCAUCUUUCCUCAACUUGUCUGUGUCCUCUUCUUUAACAUCUCCAAUGGGUACGGGGCUGUUGUGGGUUUGCUAUCAGGAAUAGUUAUACGGCUACUUAGUGGAGACCCAUUGUUGGGGAUAGCACCAGUCAUACACUUCCCAGGAUGCACUCUUGAGGACGGUGUUUACGUCCAAUACGCUCCAAUAAGGACCAUUGCCAUGCUUACUUCCUUUGUCUCCAUCUUGUUUUUCUCCUUCUUGGCGACAGUGCUCUUUAACAAAGGCUGGCUCCCUGAGAAGUGGGAUGUUUUCCAAGUGAAAGCUCAGGCCCCCCUCAAACCACUGACACCAACAGGGGAAGCCACAGAGCACAGUGAAACAGAAAAGUUGAAUACAAACAACUCUCAGACUGAGGCAUCCGAGCGAAUGACUAGUACAAGCUGCUAG